AUGACAGCUGGAACUGUUGUCAUAACUGGAGGAAUUCUUGCAACUGUGAUACUCCUGAGUAUCAUUGCAGUUCUCUGUUACUGUCGUCUCCAGUAUUACUGCUGUAAGAAGAAUGAGUCUGAAGGCGAUGCUGCCUCAGUCAUCCAGUCACAGGACACUUGCAAUGAGUGCCAUGUUGCCCCUGCGGUGGCCCUGGGGGAUGCAGGAAGUGCCACCAACUCCCCUCUCCCGCUCCCUCUCUCCCCGGAGCCUGUGCCCUCCUCGCGGGCCUACUGUCCCUCCUGCUCGCCCUAUGGCUCCCCGUUCUAUGUGCGCUCCACGGAGGAGAUGCGCAAUGGUGGCGAGCGAAUCACCUACAUGCCCACCCACUUUGACAACCCCUCACUGUCACUGCCGCUACCCAAGUUGCGUGCCGCCCCACUGAGGAGGUCCCCCAGCCCACCUGAAUUCUACACCAACCGGAGAGCAGUCAGCACCGAUGUCUGAUUCAUUCAGUCAGUGGCCCCUUUUUGUCUUUGAGUGGCCUACCAUGACCCAAGAUUGGCCUCUAGUGUGUUCGUCCCUCUACAGGCCUACUGUAGUCAGUCUGACAGACACCUCAGGGAUAGCAAGGGCAAAGGAGGUCACGUGUCCUGGGGAGAGGUCUUGUAUGAGAAGUCUGUGGCCACUGUGCUACUGACACUGUUCUUUACAAGAUUCAGAGGUGGUCAGGUUUUUUUCUUUAACGUGGCGCUUAAAUGUGCCCUUAUCUCUGUUUCGUGUCAUAAUUCAACUAUACCUGCUAUUGCUAUUGAUCAGAAAUGUUUGGCAGCCUGCAAAUGUAGUUGGUAUAGGGAUACAUCCACCCAGACCACA